AUGGAACUACCUGAAGAAAUCUGGGAAUUGAUCUGUAAAUUCAUCGAUGAAGAUGAUUAUCGAUUCCUUGAAUCAGUUUCACUCGUAUCGACCUCUUUGCUCGCCAUCACCAAUCGUGUUCGAUCCACUUUCGUCAUCACCGAUCGGACUGUUCCUUUUCUUCAUCGGCAUCUUCUUCGGUUCCGUAAGCUGAAACGAAUCAGGUUUUUCGAUCUCUGUAAGAAUUUCGAUUCGAUUCUACUGCAGAUUUCGCUUUCCGGUUUGGAUAUCGAAUCGAUCGAUGUAUCGGGAAUGUCUUAUGUUCCAGAUUUUGAGAUAUUGGGAAUGAAGAUGUUGAGUCAUGUGAAGGAAUUGAACUGUUCUAGAGUUUGUGGUUUGAGUGAUAGCGAUCUUGUUUCGAUCGGAAUGUGUUUCCCGUUUCUCCAGGAGCUUGACAUAAGCUAUCCUAAGUCGUCUUGUUCGAGUCUCGUCUCUGAUUCUGGGAUUAUCAGUCUUUCGUCAAGUCUCAAGGGACUGUUGAAGAUUAACAUUUCUGGUAAUAAUCUCGUCACAGAUAAAUCUUUGGUUUCGAUAUCGCAGAACUGUGUCCUCUUGAGAGAAGUAAUCUUCCGUGACUGUGAUUUCAUUUCAUCGCAUUGCGUCGAAUUUGUUCUGCGGAAUUGUCAGAUUCUGGAGUCUCUUGCGAUCUACAGAAUCGGAUGGGAACCGAGCCAAUCCUUCUCCGACAAUGCUUUCUUAUUCGCUCGUUGUUUGUCUGAGGUUGAUCUCUCGGAGUCGUUUCUGUCCGAUGAGUUGCUCCAUUUGAUUGCCAAUGCCAAGUUUCCUCUAAAGAAGCUUGUUCUCUCCAAUUGCCGUUGUCUCACUUAUGACGGGAUCUUGUAUUUGCUUAAUAAGUACCAAACACUGGUUCACUUGAAUCUUGAAGGGUCAAGUUUCCUCUCUGAUGAGAUGGUAAUGGAAUUGGGAAUGUUCCUUCGGUGCUUAACUUUUGUGAACCUCAGUUACUGUUCCAAGUUAACUGGUCUAGCAUUUUUCAGCAUCAUUGAAGGAUGUGUUUCCCUCAAGUGCAUCAGAAUGGAAAGUACGAAUUUUGGAGUGGAAGAAUAUUCCAAGGAACUGGAUAUCAAGUCAGGGAUCGAGUCUUUGUACAUAUCUAGAAACCACAAUUUGCACGAUGAGUGCCUCGAGAAGCUAUCCCGCCAUUGCCCUUUUGUAGAAACUCUCGAAGUGGCUCAAUGUCCUUGCAUCACAAGCGAUGGGAUUCUUAAAUUUUUGAGGAAUGGUGGGGAGCUAAGAUCUUUGGAUAUUAGCAGAUGCACUGCCAUAGGGAGUCUUUGUGCAGUAGACUUUGAGCUCCCAAAGUUAAAAUCUUUGCGAGUAGGUGGAACUGCGAUCGAUGACGAAGCCCUAGAUAUGAUCAGCAAAAGAUGUCAAGGGUUGUUGUAUCUUGAUCUGCAAGGAUGCUGGAAUGUGAGAUCAAUUGGGGUGAAGAAAGUUGUGCAGAGCUGCAUACGUUUAAGAGAGAUAAACCUUAACCACUGUAAAGUCGAUGCUGGAAUUUUCACUUGGAUGGUUUGUGCAAAUCCAUCUCUUAGGAGAAUCAUACCGCCACAUGGUGUUCCUCUAACUAGAAAACUCCAGAACUUCUUGCUGCGUCAUGGAUGUGUAAUCUGCCAUGAUUCUUCCGAGUCUUCUAUAGCAUGGAAGAGAUGGUGA